CACUUGUUCGGUGCCUCGCAAAGCGUGAGGCUUGAAAGAAAAGUAGCCUCCUCAGUGCGACGAAGUAAAUUCAACGCUUCGCCUAAGCGAAGCCGGAAGCCGGCGGGAGCUGCGCAUUUCGCUUCGCGUCGACAACUCUUUGGUCGACGUUCAUUGGACCAAUCGGCGUGGCGACGGGGGGGCGGGGUCUGCGGCAAACGAACAGGCGAGCGAGCUGCGGAGCCGGAGGAGAGCAACAGAGAGGGAGACCGCACACAUCAUCCAUCCAUCCCUACCGAGCGACGGUUACCGCUAUCUGUGGUCUGUGCUGCGAUGUUGAUCCUGGACGUUUUGUCCCCGCUCCUCCUCCUCCUCCUCUCCAUCCUGUUGCCGGGCUACGGUUGCCGGGCGGCGGACAUUCCGGAGGACACUACAGCAGAGUUCUCGGCGAGACUGUACCACCAGCUGCAGGCGGCGGGGGGUCAGGAGAACAUCAUUUUCUCCCCGCUCAGCGUGGCCGUGGCCCUGGGCAUGGUGGAGCUGGGGGCCAGAGGGGCUUCGCUGGAGCAGAUCCGACAGGCGGUCGGGUUCAGCCACCUGCUGCCAGGCGCGGAGUUUUCUUUGCUCCAGAACCUCACGGCUGCUCUGUCGAAUGACGACGCCCGCUACGUGAUCCGACUGGCCAACAGCCUCUACCUGCAGGAGGGCGUCACGUUCAACCCCGAGUUCCUGCACCUGAUGAGGAAGUAUUUCCGAGCCGACGUGGAAACGGUCGAUUUCAGCGAGUCCGCGGCCGUGGCUGACCAGAUCAACAGCUGGGUGGAGAAUCGCACUGAGAGUAAGAUCCGCGAGCUGCUGUCAGCCGAAGACUUCAGCAGCGUGACGCGCCUGACCCUGGUGAACGCCAUCUACUUCAGGGGCUCCUGGAAAAACCAGUUCAGGCCCGAGAACACCAGAACCUUCUCUUUCAGCAAAGACGACGGCUCUGAAGUGCAGACGCUCAUGAUGUACCAACAGGGAGACUUCUACUACGGUGAGUUCAGCGACGGCUCCCAGGAAGCCGGCGGCGUGUACCAGGUGUUGGAGAUGCCCUACGAAGGAGAGGACGUGUCCAUGAUGAUCGUCCUGCCGCGACAGGAGGUGCCGCUUGCUUCGCUGGAGCCCAUCAUCAAAGCACCGCUGCUGGAGGAGUGGGCUAACAAUGUCAAACGGCAGAAAGUGGAAGUCUACCUACCUCGGUUCAAAGUGGAGCAGAGGAUUGACCUGAGGAGCACUCUGCAGGAGCUGGGAAUAAAAAACAUCUUCACCAAUGAUGCCGAUCUCUCCGCCAUGACAGAUGGUAAAGACCUGUUCAUUGGGAAGGCAGUGCAGAAGGCCUACCUGGAGGUGACUGAGGAGGGGGCUGAGGGGGCUGUUGGCUCAGGAAUGAUUGCCCUGACCAGGACUCUCGUGCUGUACCCCCAGGUCAUGGCAGACCACCCCUUCUUCUUCGUCAUCAGGAACAGAAGGACAGGGUCCAUCCUCUUCAUGGGCAGGGUCAUGACCCCAGAGGUCAUUGAGCCCAACGACCAAGACUUUGACUCCAUGUAACCACAGCAUGAGGUCACUCAACCUCAGCCAAUCGGAAUCCUGACGUCGUUAAAUGCUACCUAUUCUCGAUCACCAUCUUCAGCUGUGUUUUAUACCCUUUACGGAAAGAAAAAAAAAGAUAUAUAAACUGGAUAUUACAUGAUAUAUUAUAUAUUGAAAUAUGACAUGACGUUACAACGUGAUUGUGUUUUGGUACUGGGAGCUUUAAACUCUUGGAUACAGACGUGCAAGAGAGGCAAAGUUGUAAAUAUUCCUCUAGAGACGGACGGUUUGUACAUGAGCCAGAGAACACAAUGAUAUGUAAUCCACGCACUGCCCCUUUAAGUUCAGCAGCUUCGCACUCACCUGCACCCACACACACAGAAAGAAAAUCUUCUUCAAUAGAAUAUCCCUCCUUCUUACUGCAGAUACAGAAUGUGCACACUGUACGUUUCUUUAAUUACAUCCCUGUACAUUUGACAUUGUGUUCUAUACACACACACACACACACACACACACACACACACACACACACACACACACACAUAUAUGCUGAGUAUUUAUUGCAGAAUAAACGUGCAAACAUUUUGUCCUUAUACAAUGAAUCUUAGUAAUGUAUCUGUUCCAGACAGUGUUCCAGUCAUUUCUACACCGUAGGGCACGUGGCUGAACUGCUGAUAUGAACUAAUAUGCCUUAUCACAUCGGAGUGGUUGAUGAAGCCCCGGCUGGGCAUGAUCUCACAGGUGAGCAAGAGUAGACUGCGUAACUAAGGCGGGUUGCUAUGGAGACAGACUGGCGCAUGCAGGGCACACUGGAAAGAUCUGCUGCACCUUUUACGGAUGAACAUACAGUGAGAAACGGUAACGCCAGCUGUAUUCAGUCUUUUACUCAAUAAAAAAAAAAGAAGAAUGUGUUUCCGUUAA